CGGAAGUGACAAAACAUCAAACUUGCGCACUCCUCCACGUGCGAGAGCAGUACAGUCACAUUGGCAGGUCCGCAGCUGCACGAUGAAACGACCAAAGUUAAAGAAAGCCAGUAAGCGGGUUUCAUGUUCCAAGCGUUAUAAAAUACAGAAAAAGGUCCGGGAGCACAACAGAAAACUAAAAAAAGAGGCAAAGAAGAAAGGAGUGAGCAAACGAGUGAAGAAGGAUCCUGGUGUGCCCAACAGUGCUCCCUUCAAAGAGGAGGUCCUCAGGGAGGCCGAGCAGAGGAGGCUACAGAUUGAAGAAGAAAAAGAGAGAAAGAAGCAAGCCAAAAAGGAGGAGCGAGCCCAGAAGAGGAAAAAGGAGGAGACAGCUGUAAGCAAAAAAGCAGAACCCAAGGCCAAGAAGGCUCGGCAGGAUGGGGUUGGAAAGCGUUCAGAGAAACAGGCUGCCCCAGACAAGAACUCAAAACAGUAUCUUUGCUCUGAAUUAAACAAGGUGAUCGAUGCAUCUGAUGUAGUGAUUGAAGUCCUUGAUGCUCGUGACCCACUGGGCUGCAGGUGUCCACAGCUGGAGGAGGCAGUACUGCAGAGGGAAAGCAACAAGAAACUGAUUUUGGUAUUAAACAAAAUAGAUCUAGUACCAAAAGAAAAUGUGGAGAGGUGGAUUCAGUGUUUACAACUGGAGUUUCCAGUUGUGGCGUUCAAAGCAUCAACACAGAUCCAGGACAAAACAGUGCAAGCCAAGAAGAGCAGGAUAACGGCCUCUAAUGAAGUCCUGGACAAAUCCAGAGGAGCAGCCUGCUUUGGAAAUGGUUGUCUCACUGAGCUCCUUACACGUUUUGCUGUAAACACAAAGAAUGAAGCUUCACUCAGAGUGGGCAUAGUUGGUUUUCCUAAUGUGGGGAAGAGCAGUCUCAUCAACACUAUGAAGGGGAUCCUGGCGUGCAAUGCUGGCAUCACGAGAGGCAUCACAAAAUCCAUGCAGGAGGUGCACAUCUCAAAGAAUGUGAAGCUAAUUGACAGCCCCGGAGUCGUGGCAUCGCCGUCCAACCCGCCAGUCUCUAUGGCUCUGAGGAGCUUGCAGAUGGAGGAGGGCCAGGAGAGUGUGCUGGAGGCUGUCAAGACUCUGCUCAAACAGUGUGACAAGACCCAGGUCAUGCUUCAGUACAAUGUCCCCAACUUCAGAAACUCUCUGGAGUUUUUAACGUUGUUAUCCAAAAAGCGUGGGUAUCUGCAGAAGGGUGGAGUCCCCAAUACUGAGCAGGCAGCCAGAGCUUUCCUUGCUGAUUGGACAGGAGCCAAGCUGAGCUACUUCUGUAAGGCACAGGAGAACCACAGCCUCCCGGCCUACAUGACCGAUGCAGUGGUCGCUGAGAUGUGGAACGGCUGGGAUCUAAACCAACUGAAAACAGGCAACGAGGAAACUCUGAAAGGUGUUAAAUUCCCAAACCAGGCCAGCAGUAUAGGCUUCACCUCUAAAGGCCCAACUGCAGGCCUGCUGAGUGUCAGCGAUAUCUCUGAAGAAAAACCCAGUGCUGCAGCCGCAAAGACAGAUGCAGAGCAGAAUGAUGAGAAGAAUGAGCCUGAACAAACUGCUGUGGAAGUAAAUAAAACAGAAGAACCGGAGGAACCACAGACGGCGCCACUCAGAAGCGUGCGGUUCCAGGUUGUCCCCAUUGACACCAGCCUCUCUGUAGCUGCAGAGGACGACGCCUAUGACUUCAACACAGAUUUUAAAUGAGCUUUGCCCUUCACACUGUUUCUUAACUCGUGCCUGUGGUCUGGUGGAUAUGGCAGACCCAGAUUUGUCAGCAUACAUGAACAUGCUGACAAAGAAUCAGUGUCAGGGUGUCUUUGACCAUCUCAUGACCGGUUGAUUGGUUGCUUCAGAAUCUGUUUGAAAGGCACUGGCCAGUUGAGUGGUUUCAGGCUCGUCGUUGCGUGUUUGUGGUCCUCCUUCAAACUUUGAAUCAGGACAGGGACAGUUUCCAGUAAAGGACUAACCAUUUAUCCUAGACUACAUUUUUCAGAAUUUUUGUCUAGGACUUAAUCCCUGCACAGGAAACGGAUUUAUCUAUUUAGUGGAUAUCCACUAACUUCUCCGAGAAGACUGCCGAUUUUAAAUGUGCAGAGGUAAUUUGUAAUAUUUUGUGUUCAUGCAGAAUACUGUAUAUAAAUGUAAUAAACCCUCUACAAAGCCUAAA